AAACCCUUAUUAUUUUCUCUCCUCCUUUUCUCUAAAAUCCCACAACUUCAACAUGGUAUCAGAGCCUAUUUCGAUCCUCCUUGAACAUUUUGUCGUUGUUCCGCUUCUAAGUUCCCAACAGUUAGGGAAUAUAAUUAUAGUUUUUCUUUUCCAACGUGAUAUUUUUUUCUCAAACGACACUGGUUUACGUUCCGUUCAGUUCGUUACUGCCGCCGCCACUGUUUCCUGCGACUUUUCCGGCAAACAACCACCUUUGACUUCACUCCUUCAAAAAAAAUCACUAAGCGUUUCUAUUAACCUUCCUCCGCCGCCACUGCUCGUUUCUAUUUGUAUUCAUCCACCGCCGCCGCCGCCAUGGUUGUUCACGCAAAGGAUGAACCCUACCUAGCCACCUCAAUCCCUAAGCGCGUCCGUAUCUUCGAAUGGAUUCAGGAAGAGCAGCAGAUUUGCCUGCUUUCCCCAUAUACAGAUCUGAUUAAGGUACUGCUUCCUGAUGGAAACGUGAAGGAAGAAAAUAAAUGGCAAACUACUCAUUUGGACGUUGCUCGUGAAAUCUCAAAGAAUUUGGCCAAUAAUGCUCUUAUUGCUAAGGUUAAUUGUGUUCUUUGGGAUAUGACUCGUCCUCUUGAAGAGGAUUCUCAACUUCAGAUCUUUAGGUUUGAUGAUGAUGAAGGACAUGACACCUUUUGGCAUUCUAGUUCUCACAUUCUUGGCCAGUCACAUGAGAUGGAGUAUGGAUGCAAGAUUUGCAUUGGGCCGUGUACUACAAGAGGAGAGGGAUUCUAUUCUGAUGUUUUUUGUGGCGACUCAGGAUUGAAUGAUGAUCACCUUAAACUAAUUGAGGCUAGGGCAUUGAAGGCUGUUGCGAAAAAACAUCCCUUCAAGCAGUUUGCGAUAACUCUCGUUGAAGCGAGGGAGUGUACUCCUGGUAUGGCGAGGAAGAUGUCGCAGUUUACUAGCAGGUUGUUUGCGAUUCUUAUGAAAAUGCUUUUGGAUAUUGAGGAUGAUCCAGCUUGGCACACUGCGGAGACUGAGGAUGAAGAUGCUGGUGAAACUAGCAAUUAUAGUGUUGGACAGGAAUGUUUGGAUAGGUUAUCUAUAUCUUUGGGAGGAAAUCUGAUUGUUCCUGUUGCUUCUGAACAAUUACUUGCAUAUUUGGCUGCACCUGAGUGGCAAAAACGUCUUGCUGCAUUGAUUGCACUUGCUCAGAUAGCUGAAGGAUGCUCAAAGGUCAUGAUAAAGAAUUUGGAGCAAGUGGUGGCUAUGGUAUUGAAUUCAUCUCCUGAUCAGCAUCCUCAUGUAAGGUGGGCAGCUAUUAAUGCAAUUGGUGGGCAAUUGUCUACUGAUUUGGGUCUAUAUUUGCAAGUUCAAUAUCAUCGGGGGGUGUUUCCAGCCCUAGCUGCUGCGAUGGAUGAUUUUCAGAAUCCUCGUGUAGAGACUCAUGCCACUUCAGCUCUGCUCAACUUCAGCGAGAAUUGCACACAUGAUAUUUUAACACCAUACUUGGAUGGAAUAGUUUGCAAACUGCUUGUACUUCUUCUGAAUGGUAAACAUAGAGAAUCUUAGAAUAUCUCUCAUUAUUACUAUGAUUUAUUCCUGAUUUAAGAUUGAGUCUAUGUUUCUCUAUAAAUGGAGAUUAGUAUUGAGUCUUUUGUAAUCAAGUCAGCAUUAAGCUAUUAUCAAUAAUAUUCAAACCCUUAUUAUUUUCUCUCCUCCUUUUCUCUAAAAUCCCACAACUUCAACAUUAUACAACAAAUAGUUUUAUCAAUCACUUCAUGAACAUAGUCUUCAGUUUGGCUUUAAAAUGGCAAUGGGGCGUUAACUUUUGCCAUAUUUAAAAAAGAAAGAAUUGGAAAGCAGAACGAGCAUUGGACCAUGAAUGAAGUAAAAGGAGUAUGUUCAAACUUCAAACCUAGCAAAGAGGAAAU